AGUAUGAAUUAUGAGUUGAAAUGUAUUGUUAGUACAGAAUAGCCACAGACAUUCAAUACUUUAUGGAAAUUGCUGUAGACAGUAUGUCUUAUGUAUGAGUCUUGAUCUUGGAUAUUGGUAGGCCAUUUUGACAGUGCCAUAGGGAGAAAAAAUCUUUUUAAAGAUAGAUACACAAUAAAAGUCAGACACAUGGGGAAAGACAAGUGCCUUGCCAAAAGAAAUUGGCCAAGCUUUGUGUCUCUUAAGAAAUUAUGUCACAAUUAACUUAUUUAUAAGAAACAUGAAAGUGUUACUGUGCAUGGUCAUCUCCCAAGUUAAACCGCCCACUCCCAGUAAUUGGACUUGAAUGAUUUGCUGGUGGAUGAUUACUUUAAUGUUGUUGACAAACAUUCGUAAAGCGAUGACUCACAUCUACAGCUUUCUGUCUCAGAGAAGGUGAUGGAUAAUUAAUAAUGUGAAGUCAGGUGAAAUCUAAGUGAAACUGACUGCCCGUGGGGAAUUGGUGUAUAGUCAUGGCAUCUUGCCUAAUGGUUGACAUCCUUAUGACACCCUCUGGCUCAGCCUUUAUAAAUUGAUGUGUUUUGAUCAGCAUUACUUCUGUAAGCUUCCAGAAGGCUUCAUUUAGAUACAUGUAUAUAUAAGGAGCACAACACUAAGCGCACCAUACCUACAGAGCGGUCUGAAGCUGGACAUAAUUGAAAGUGUGUGGUGUGCAGUUUGCAGACAGUUCACCUGAAUAUUUCAGACCAAAAGAACUUAACUGCGACUUUUUUUAAAAGGAAAAGUUUGACAAAAAUUUUGAAGAUACCAUGUAUAGCCGUCACAUUCCUAUUUACAAUGAUGAUUGGAAUAUGAGAUGGUCAUCUCUAAACCAUAGUCCAUUUUAUUCCAGUCGAGUUGCUAGAUUUCCAGAGAUAGCCACUAGGUACGAACCAGAACCAUUUUUUGAACGGGCACCUAUGCCAGUGCCGGAUUAUGACAGAAGAGAACUUGUGCCUCGAAUUGAUUCUGGCUGGACAUACCCAUCACUGCCUGCAUCCACAAUGGAAGGAGAAAUGCGCAAAAUGACCCAAGAAAUGAACAACAUGGCCAGAAAUUUCCAGAGAGCAGGACCAGCCAGUGGACAGAAAACUGUAGAGGACUUGAGACUAACAGAGGAUUUCAAUGUUAACAAUCCAGUUCAUCAGGAUGUAUAUGGAAAUCGAAGAUUCCAGUUGGAAUUUGAUUUACACCAAUUUAAGCCUGAGGAAAUCCGCAUAAAAACCAGUGGAAAUCAGCUGUCUGUUCAUUGUAAGCAAGAGGAUAAAGAAAAUGGAAGAUCAGUGUUCCGAGAAUACAACCGACAAUUUGUACUGCCAAAAGAAGUGAACCCAGAGCAUUUGACAUCGAAGCUUUCUGGAGGUGGAACCCUGACAAUAACGGCUCCUCUUCCAGCACUGGCUGGCCCUAGAGAAAGACUUAUAGCCAUUGACAAAAAGUAACCAGUGAGAUGCUUUCUGAUGGAUGUGCUUAUGCUUGCUAAUGACAUUUGGACAGAUAAUUUUUAUAUGAUUGCACAAGUUUAAAAUAUGCAAUAAUUGUUUAAAUGUAUGAAAUCUUCUGUACAAAUUAUUUCUUUUAUUAUACCAUAUAGAAUAGUCUUGCAUUGAAAUAAAGCAGACCAGAAUCCA